AUGGCUGGUCCGAAAUCUAAGAGCCUACUGUACGCGUGCUGCGCGCUGAUGCUCGUGGGCGUCGUUGGCGUCGUUGUGUGGAUUAGUGUGUUUUCUUCAAGAUCCAGGUGUCCGCACGGGAGUUUUUCCAAAGCUGCAGUUGCCGCAGACUCGGAGAUAUGCUCACAGAUUGGAAGAGACAUGCUGCAGAAAGGUGGCUCGGCGGUAGAUGGCGCCAUUGCUGCGCUUCUCUGCACCUCCCUGGUCAACCCGCAGAGCAUGGGCAUCGGAGGGGGGGCUAUAUUCACCGUGAUGGACAGCUCAGGUAAUGUGAAAAUCAUUGUCUCAAGGGAGACUGUUCCAAAGAUGGUCAAACCGGACCUGCUAAAAACUUGUCCUGAGAAAUUCCGAUUCCUAUCAGGUCCUGACUUUAUUGGGGUCCCGGGGGAAAUCCGAGGCUAUGAACUGGCUCACGCACUGUAUGGGAAGCUGCCAUGGGCCACUCUGUUCCAACCAACAAUCAAACUCGCCAGAGAAGGGCUACCAAUUACCCCAGUGACAGGAAAAUACAUCCCAUUGAUCAACAAGAAUUUUUCAUUAUAUAAACUGUUUUCAGAUGCAAAUGGGAAUCCACUGGAAACUGGUGACAUUGUCAAAUUUGAUAAAUUGGCUGAUACUUUAGAGGCAAUUGCGAACCAUGGUCCCAAGGCCUUUUACACUGGGAAGAUAGCAGAGGAUCUGAUCAGCGACAUACAGGAGGAAGGGGGAACACUGACGCUGCAGGAUUUGGCAUCAUUCAGUGCUUCACUAUAUGAUCCGUUGGUUUUUCCUUUUCAAGAAUUUGAAGUGUACGUCCCUCCACCACCUGCUGGGGGCGCUAUCCUUGCCCUGAUCCUCAACAUCCUGAAAGGUUAUAACUGGGAUGCCAAAGCUUUAACACUAGAGGAAAAGACUUUGGCCUAUCACCGAUAUAUUGAGGCUUUUAAGUUUGUCAAUGGACUAAAAAAACGCAUAGAAGAUCCUAACACUUCAAACAAAAUUGCCAGAACAGUUAUCCAGGACAGUUUUGCGGAUCACAUCAGGACUUUGAUUAGUAACAGGAUCCACGAAGACCAGUACUACAACUUGACCUCCUAUCUGGACUCUAUGGGGACAACACACAUGUCCAUUCUGGCCGAGGAUGGGUCUGCGGUCUCCAUCACCAGCACCAUCAACCACAUAUUUGGCUCACAAAUCCUCUCUACAAAAACUGGAAUCAUUCUCAACAAUCAGAUUGCAGAUUUCUGUGGAAAAACUGAAGAAAUCCAUGCAGGAGAGCGCCCCCCCUCCUCCGCCUCACCCGCUGUGCUCAAGUCCCAAUCAAGGACGCUGGUGAUUGGUGGGUCCGGGGGGACCAUGAUCACGACAGGUAUAGCCUCGACACUCAUGAAUGAACUCUGGUUUGGAAAGAGCCUUAAAGAAGCAAUAGAAUCACCAGUGGUUUUUAUCAACUCUGCAAAUCACCCACAGUUUGAGCGUGAAUUUGAUCAGAAAAUAAUUGAAGGCUUAAUUGCAUUUGGACACAAAUAUGAUCCACGAAUUUCAACAUUUUAUAAUGUGGUAAAUGCCGUGGAGAAGGAUGGUGACUGUAUCUGUGCUGUGUCUGAUGCCAGGAAAAUGGGAAAAGCAGCUGGAUACUGACUUGAAUAAAGAGUUUGAUUAUUGUAAAA